AAUUUUCAAGCAAAUGGAAAUGUCCAUCGGAACAUUUUGAUUGGUAUGACGUUACAUUUUGGUUUGUGUUAUUAAUAACAUUAUAUUACGAAAUAUUAUUGGGUAUGGAAACGGAUAUUUACAUUGUUUGGAGUAGAAAUGACGAUACUUCGGACAACAAGAUUAUUGGCCAUUCUCUAAUUGCGAUUCUCUAUAAAUGCACCUUCAGAGCUGGUCCUAACUCUAACAAACGUAGAAAAUCAUGCCGUCAUGUCUUGCUCAUUUCAAUUGACGGUCUCCAUCAAAAGGAUGUUGACGUAUUUACAUCCGCAAAUCCGAAGUCUACUCUAGCUAAAAUUCUUAAACAUUCUGUAUAUUUCAAAAAUGCAAAAGAUGCCCUUCCAACUGACUCUUUCCCUGGUCUUUUGGCACAACUAACAGGUGGACAUCCUAAGACUACUGGUGUUUGGUAUGAUAAUUCAUG